AUGCACAAUCGAGUGACGAUGAUCCGCCGCCUUCAUGGAUUUUGGAUGGACGACGACAUAAUGACGACCAAGCUCGUGGACAAGUUCGAUGAACUCAUCGUUGGUCUUCAGUCUCUGAAUGAGCCGGUUGACGAGGCGCUGCAGCUCUCGAUUCUUCUCAGCAGUAUGCCUGCAGAUUACGAGCUCAUAGCGUCGAUCGUGGAGAACGCCCACGACAUCACGCUCAUUGAGGUGAAGAAAAAGCUGAUCAAGGAGUAUGAGCGACAGGAAAAGAAGGAAGCGACGGAAAGCGCGCUGAAAGCUACGAUCUAUGGGGGCAAGUCGAAGAAUGCAAGAUUCGACAAGUGCGGCAGGAAGAACGGACGCGAGGACAAAGUCUCGAGAAAUAGAAUUGGUUUCAAGGGCGAGGGCUUUAACUAUGACAAGUUUGGUCACAUGUAG